UCUUGGCACCUCCCCCUGUGGUCGUGCCAGGGCAUGCUGGGAAUGUCAGAAGGGAAGUCUCCGCUCCCGGAGGGCUCAGUCCUAAUUUCUGGACCUUCUUAAGGUGGCUGGGGAGGGAGCCCGAGCACAGGCGCCACCGGGUCUCCCUGCCCUGGCAGAGGAGACUUUCUGCUCUGUACGUGCUGGAGAGAGAGAAGACGCGGGUGGCCGCGUUGCGGGUGUACAAAGAGGAAGUCUGCCCACCUUGGGGCUCCCACCCUCUGAAGGACACAGUCUGUCUGGAGCAGAGACCCCAGAGCCAGAGGGAAUGGCCCCCAAGACCCUGAGGUUCCCUUCCCAGAUCAGGGGGGUCUGAAGACUCGAGGUGGUUGAGGAGUUGGCCGGAGUGGUUGCGGUGUGCUCUGAGAAGCUUGCUCUGAAGGAAGCUGAAGGUGGGGGCCUCUGAGACUGUUUCUCCAUUUUGGUCACGGGUCAAUAACAUUGAGGGAUGUGGCUGUGGACUUCACCCAGGAGGAGUGGCGCCUGUUGGAUCAUGCUCAGAAAGAGCUGUACAGGGAGGUCAUGCUGGAGAAUGUGUGGAAUCUACAAUCUGUGGGGCUUAUGGUUUCCAGAGAAAAUUUUGUUACCUGUUUUCAGCAAGAGGAAUCACCAUGGCCAAUGGUGAAAAGGAAAGACGGCCAAUGGAGCUCCUGUCCAGAGGCAGAGAUUAAAUUUGAAGUGAAGGAGAUGUAUACCAACUUGAACCUUUUUAUGGAAGGAUCUGACCCCCAGAGAUACAUCAGUGAAGGUUCUUGUGAUUUCCUUUUGAGAGACAUCUGUGACUCUGAAAUUAAGGUAUAUACAACUCCAGUGAAUGACUAUGAAUUUGAUGAAACUGCAGAGAAAUUCAGUCAAUACUCAGUCCUAAAUCAACAUAUGAAAUUGUCCUUAGGAAAUGACUCUUCUCAGAAUAGUGAAUACAGCACAUGCUUUCCUGAAGAAGUAGGAUUUAUUCAGAUGCUGGAGAAACCUCCUGAAAUGCUUAUGUAUCAAGGUAACCUAGGUGAAAUGGCCUUCGACUUGAGUUUAGACCUCAUUAGAUAUCCAAAAAGUAAAUGUAUAGAGAUGCUUUCUGUGAAUGAUAAAGCUGGGAGACCUUUCAGUCAACACUCUGACCUUGGUUCUCAUCAAAUAAUCCACUCUGGAGAGAAACCUUAUCAGUGUAAACAGUGUGGAAAGACUUUCACACACAGUAGCAAUCUUGCCAGACAUCAGAGAAUCCACACUGGAGAGAAACCUUAUGAAUGUAAACAAUGUGGAAUGGCUUACACUCGGAAGGGUCAUCUUACCAGACAUCUCAGAAUCCAUACUGGAGAGAAACCUUAUGAAUGCAAACAAUGUGGAAAGGCUUUCCCACGGAGCAGCCGUCUUGUUGCACAUCAGAGAAUCCACACUGGAGAGAAACCUUAUGAAUGUACACAGUGUGGAAAGACUUUCACAGAGAGGGCCUCUCUUCGUGUACAUCUGAGAAUCCACACUGGAGAGAAACCUUAUGAAUGUUCACAUUGUGGAAAGUCUUUCACAGAGAGGGCCUCUCUUCGUCUACAUCUGAGAAUCCACACUGGAGAGAAACCUUAUGAAUGCACACUAUGUGGAAAGGCUUUCAUUCGGAGGCACCAACUUACUUUACAUCAGGCAGUCCAUACUGGAGAGAUACCUUUUGAAUGUAAACAAUGUGGAAAGGCUUUCACACAGAGGGGUAAUCUUAAUGCACAUCAGAAAAUCCACACUGGAGAAAAACCUUAUGAAUGUAUUCAAUGUGGAAAGGCUUAUAUAAAUGGGUCUGAACUUCGUAAACAUCAGAGAGUUCACACUGGAGAGAAACUGCCACAGGAUAGGGUCCAGUCUCACUCAUAGCUUCAGGGGUUCUUGGCAUGUGACAGAAUGGUUAGGCAAGAAGAAUAAAAGAUGGAAGACAGCUAUGUAUAUAUUUCAGCCAGGGCAGACUUGCAUCUAAUGACUUCCACCAUGCCUCAGUCUGGUCUUUUUUUAAUACCCAUUUUCUUGGCUCACAGAUGCAUUAUUCAACACACAUAAUCGAGUAAAGAUAAUUGAAUAGGUAAUAUGUUAACUAAUCAAUUGAUUAAUAUUCUGAGAUCAUACUAUAUUCUUUUAUUGUAACUAUUGAUUUAUGACAGAAUGAAGAGGUUUUGCUUAAGAUAAAUGAUUUCAUCAUAGGUGGCUUAAUUUUCUCAUUAACCUGUGAGGAGUCUAAGCUUACAAACAAGCUUAGACUCCUCACAGGUUAUCAAGGAAAUUUACUUAUUAAUUUUAAUAAAAAGAGAUGAUCGAUCAAAAACUCUUAAAGACAAUUCAACAAUCACAGUACUGAGCUUGAGCGAUUAGAGGAGUAUACAAUUCUGAUUGUUAGGCAGGGUUAGCAGGGAAUUUCUAUAAAGGAGUUUAUGGUUAGUGAAAUCGAGUUACUGAGGCAUGGUGAAGCUUGCUGUACCUGUACAUUUUGUAUGGGCCUUUAUGAUUGGUUUAUAUGCUGGCUUCAGGAGUAUAUGUUUCUGGGGGGUGGGGUAGGGAAUGUGGUUAUGGCCUUGCUGGGAGAGUACCAGAACAAAAGUUAAGCCAUGACAGUCUUUGGGUUUGGAUUUUGGAGUCUGAUCUCUUGGUGAUAUUUUUGGGAAAUAGAGUGCAAGUAUAUUGCUCUUUCUUAGGCUAGGGAGAGAACAAGAAUCAUGUCACUUCCAUUAGUAAGGGUUGUUGAUGAGAGAAGUCAUACAGAGGAAACUGAGUAGGCAAUUCCAUCUUGCCAAAGGGCCACUUGUGACCUCUUGGCUGCCACAAGUGACUUUGUCAAGGUGUUGUGGCUUGAUGGCUCCCAGCAGGAAACCUUAUGAAUGUAUAUAAUUUGGAAAGGCUCUCUUAAUGAAUAUCUGAGAAUCCACACUAAGAAACUUUUUGAAUAUAAACAGUGAGGAAAGGCUUUCACACUGAGGAGUCAUCUUGCUAGGCAUCAGAGCAUCCACACUGGAGAAAAUCUUUAUGUAUGUCAUCAAUUCAGUUAGACUUUCACAUGAAGUUCCAUAGUUGCUUCAUUUCAGAAAAUCCUCACUGGAGAGAAACCUCAUGCAUGAUGCUAAUCUUAUAUUGCCACUUUAACUUAUUUAACAUGAGAGAAUCCACACUAGAGAGAAACUAGAAAUAUGAUCAAUAUAGUAAGGCCUUCAGGCAACAAUCAUGUUAUUCCCAACCGAGAAUUCCUUUUGGAUUGAAAUCUUAUUUCUCUCAUGACUGAAGAAAGACAUUGAAAUGGAGAGUCUAGAGCUUGUUCUGUAAGAGAUAAUGUCUUCUGAACAGACCAGUUCCAGAUGGAUUCCCUCUAGGAAGGCUUUCAGCCAGAGAUCAUCUCUUCAUAUCAGAGGAUUCAUAAAUACCCCAAAUUUCAUUUUGUGCAAAAAAUGUUACAAUGAUAAAGACUUUUUCUCUGAGAUCC